CGUCAAAAUAAAACCGAUCGAGCCGAUGAGCAUUCUUCUGCACGUGUGUUCGGGCUGGUGUUCGCGAAUUCGCGAAUAUUUCCUAGAUUUUCCGGUGAUUUCGUCUCAAAAGUUACAUUAUUCGUCGUGUUUUUGAAGCAGUUUACAAGAUUCCAUAAUGGGCAAGAAAAAUAAGCUGAAAAACAAAGGGGGAACCCAAAGUGUGGCAACACCGACUCAGAAUGGGAAAGCUUCCGUUGAGGAUUUAGAGGAAAACUUCGAGCUAGAGACAGAAUCCUCCAAAGUGGACAAAAAGAAAAAUAAGCGCAAAAACAAGGAAGCCGUUGCUGGAGCAUUUGUAAAAAGGCCAAAACACAGUGACGAGGAAGAUGCCGAAACAGCGGAACAAGACGAUAACGCUGACGAAAAUGGCGUUGAAGAGGACUCGGAAGCUGCUGUGGUGGGAGGGGGAAGUGCAUAUGAAAUCCUGCUUGGUAAUCAGGAGUUCGAAACGCUUCGCGGCAAGGUAUCGGAUAACACGCUGAAGGCGAUCGCCGAAAUGGGUUUUACCAAGAUGACAGAGAUUCAAGCCAAAGCCAUUCCACCGCUCCUGGAGGGACGUGAUCUAAUUGGUUCGGCCAAGACGGGUAGCGGAAAAACGUUGGCAUUUUUGAUUCCGGUCGUGGAGUUGAUCAACAAGCUGCAGUUCAAACCGCGGAACGGUACCGGAGUGAUUAUCAUUUCGCCCACACGCGAACUGGCCAUGCAGAUUUUCGGGGUACUGAAAGAACUGAUGGCACACCAUCAUCAUACGUAUGGGCUGCUGAUGGGCGGAGCUAGUCGGCACACGGAGAACGAAAAACUAGGAAAAGGAUUAAACAUUGUGGUGGCCACUCCGGGUCGGCUGCUCGAUCAUCUGAAGGGGACACCCAAUUUCCUGUUCAAGAAUUUACAGUGCUUGGUCAUAGACGAGUGCGAUCGUAUUCUUGAGAUUGGAUUCGAGGAAGAUAUGAAACAGAUUAUCAGUAUCCUUCCGAAAAAACGCCAGACCAUGCUGUUCUCAGCAACGCAAACCUCGCGAACAGAAGAACUAGGAAAACUUGCGUUGAAAUCGGAGCCCAUCUAUGUCGGGGUGGAUGAUCACAAAACGGAAGCAACUGUUACCGGGCUGGAGCAGGGCUACAUUGUUUGUCCCUCGGAGAAACGCUUGCUGGUGCUGUUCACCUUCCUGAAGAAGAACCGCAAGAAGAAGGUCAUGGUUUUCUUCUCGUCAUGUUUGUCCGUCAAGUACCAUCACGAGCUGUUCAACUAUAUUGACCUCCCGGUGAAUUCGAUUCAUGGCAAACAAAAGCAAGCCAAGCGAACGUCGGUGUUUUUCCAGUUCUGCAAUGCGGAAUCAGGUAUCCUGCUGUGUACGGAUGUGGCCGCUCGUGGUUUGGAUAUUCCGGCCGUUGAUUGGAUUGUGCAGUACGACCCUCCAAAUGACACCAAGGAGUACAUCCAUCGCGUCGGUCGUACGGCCCGUGGUGAAAACAUUUGCGGCCAUGCAUUGCUGCUCCUUCGUCCCGAAGAAGUGGAAUUCCUGAAGUACCUCAAACAGGCAAAGGUACCGUUGAACGAGUUCGAAUUCUCGUGGAGUAAAAUCGCCGAUAUUCAACUGCAGUUGGAAAAUCUGCUGUCGAAAAACUACUUUUUGAACCAGUCCGGUAAGUUGGCGUUCAAAUCGUAUGUUCGGGCCUACGAAGGACACCACAUGAAGGAUGUAUUCAAUGUGGGUAACCUGGACUUGGUGAAGGUGGCCAAGAACUUUGGUUUCACACAACCCCCGUAUGUGGACUUUGGCAAGAGCUACAAGAUUCAGAACUCGGAUAGGCGGGCUGGCAACCGGGGGCUGGGUCACUUCAAGACGAUGAACAAGGACAAGAAGGGAGAGAUGAAGUUUAAGCACAUUAAAAACCGCAAACAACUCAAGAAGGUCGAUUACGAGUAGGCGCCUAAUGUAAGAGACGAAACAUUUCGGAAAAUAUAACUUUGUUAAGUACAA